UACAUCAACCACUGCCAAAAAUUAACUCAUCUCUCUCUCUCUCUCUCUCUAUAGCUUUUUCCAGCCCUUGCUUCUUCUUCAUCUUCUUCUCCAUACAAGUAUGGUCAUGCUUGGAAUGGGUCUCUCAACAUCUAUGAACGCCAGAAUAAUCGGCUCCGGUAGUCAGGACUUGGUUCUUGCACAUGGGUUUGGAGGAGAACAGUCUCUGUGGGACAAAAUUAUCCCAGACUUGGCUAAGCAUUUCAGGAUUCUGGUUUUUGACUGGAUCUUCUCAGGUGCUGUUAAAGAAGAUCAUAAAGACCUUUUCGAUCAUGAGAAGUACUCUUCUUAUGAUGCGUUUGCAGAUGAUGUGAUUUGUCUUAUAGAAGAGAUGAACUUGAGAUCACCAGUGUUUGUAGGCCAUUCCAUGUCUGGUAUGAUUGGUUGCAUUGCUGCCGUUAAAAGACGUGAUCUUUUUAAGCGGCUAGUGCUCAUUGGAGCUUCUCCUAGGUACAUAAAUACAGAUGAUUAUGAAGGAGGGUUUAAGAAGUCAGAGAUAGAUGAUUUCAUCUCAAACAUAGAAAUGGACUUCCAGAACUGGGCAGCAGGCUUUGCUUCUCUGGUUGUGGAUGCAAGAGAUCCUUCCUCAGUAGACAAGUUCAGAAAUUGUUUGGCAAAUAUGAGACCUGAAGUUGCCCUCUCAGUUGCCAAAACAGUGUUUUACAGCGAUCAAAGGAAAAUUCUUGACAAGGUUUUAAUCCCUUGCACCAUUGUCCAGACCACUAGUGACAUUGUCGUGCCAAACUCUGUUGCCUACUACAUGCAGAAGAAUAUCAAAGGAAAAUCAACGGUUGAGAUUAUAGAGACUGAUGGGCAUUUCCCUCAUCUAACUGCUCACCAGCAACUCCUUGAUGUUCUUAAAGGAGUCCUCACCAUCUCCACUUGAUGUUCUUUCUCUCUUCUGUUCUGUAGGAAAAUAAGGUAAAAUAAUAAAUAAAUAAAUGUCCAUUGAGACUUUUGUAGUGUGUGUUGAUAGUUUGGUGGAUGGAAAUAGAAUUUUGGAUGUGGGAUUUACCUAUAUAUGGUUGGAUUGAAGAAUAUUUUUCGUCAAUGCUUGUAAUUAAUAUAAAUUAUACUAAUAGAUUUUAAUUAUGUUCGAUUAUAUAAAAAUAUAUAAAUUAUUUUAUUA